GCGAACUUACUGGCCGAAGAAUUUCAUCGGCUGCACCAACAAAUGGGGGCUGCGUCCAGCCCAAGCCCGAACUUGCUUGAUCUCGACCCAACCUGCUACAAGCAUCUCACUCCCACACCAGCCUGCCCAGCCCAGCCAUGAGCCUGGCCGCCUCGCAACACCAUCAUGGCGAGUCAUAGCAGAGACGGCGGCGUCAACCCGCUCCGCCCUUACUACAUCCCGCCCUCCAUCGGCGCCCCGGCCGGCGACCACCCCCAUCACCACCACCACCACCAGGCCGCCACGCCCAGCCCCAGCCCAAAACCCCUCUCGCACCAUGGCGGCGGCAACGCGACGGGCGCCCACUACGCGUCCAAGGCCCGCGACAUGUUUGCCGACAUCGACUACAAGGAGUACGUCUCGGAGCCGUCGCCCUCGGCCGUGCGGGCGCUGAAGGAGCUGCUGGAUGAGUCGCUGUGGAAGUACAUGUCGGUCCUGAUGGCCCAGCCCUUUGAGGUCUCGAGGACGAUCCUGCAAGUCCGAAGCCAGUACGGCGUCGAGCCUCCGCCCAUCGAGCUGCCCGAGACCAAGCGGCCGACGGUGCCGUCCCUGCCUAACGAGUGGGCCGCGGACACGGACUCCGAGAAUGAGGAGACAAACUACUUCACAUCCAACAUACCCGACACGCCCACCCCCUCACAGCGAGGCGGCUCGUACCGGCAGAAGGCGAGCCCGACCCUCGAGCCACAGGACGCCGCCGCAAGGACGCCGGCGGCUCAGGGUAACACGGCCGGUCCCGGCCAGCUCCAGAUCAACAAGCCAGACUCGGUCCUCGAGGUCCUGGCGCAGCUCUGGCAGAAGGAGGGCACGUGGGGGAUAUGGAAGGCCUCCAACGCCACUUUUGUCUACUCGGCGCUGCAGUCGCUGCUGGAGAACUGGUCGCGCAGCCUCCUGUGCGCCCUCUUCAACGUGCCCGACCUCGGGGUCAAGGACGAUGUCACACGCCUGGUCGACAUCGCGUCCCCCUACCCGUGGGCGUCGUUUUUCAUCGCCGCUGGCGCCGCCGUCGCCACGGGCCUGAUUCUCGCCCCGCUGGACCUGGUCCGGACGAGGCUCAUACUGACUUCGGUCUCGCGGCAACCCCGCCGGUCGGUCGAGAUGGUGCGCAACCUGCCGUCGUACUUUUGCCCGCCGGUGCUCAUGAUCCCGACGAUGCUGCACUCGCUGGUGCACCCCGUCCUCACGCUCUCCACGCCCGUGAUGCUCCGCGCCCGCUUCGGCAUCGACCGCGAGUCGUCGCCCACCUCGUUCAGCCUGAGCAAGUUCUGCUCCUCCAACGUGGCGCUCUUCGUCAAGCUGCCGCUCGAGACGGUCCUGCGCCGCGGCCAGGCCUCGGUCCUCGCCGAGGCCGAGCACGUGCACGCACUCGACUCGGGCGCCACCGCGCUCGACACCAUCAUCCCCUGCGGGAGGUACGAGGGCGUGCUGGGCACGAUGCGCCACAUCGUGUCCAGCGAGGGGACGAGGGUGGUCACGCCGCCGGCACCCCGCGCGGCCGCACCUGCGAAGGGCAAGUCUGCUAAGAAGGGCAAGGCAAAGGCCACUACGGCCCCCGAGCCUGUGGUCAUUAGGGGCCAGGGCAUGGAGGGCCUCUGGAGGGGCUGGAAGGUCAGCUGGUGGGGUCUGGUCGGACUGUGGACUGCCGGGCUCGUCGGCGGCGGCGGCGACGGGGAGUUUUAAAAAAGUGCGGUGCAGGAUGAUAAGACGUGGAGCGUGUAUGAGACGAUGAAUUGGGACUCUCCAUUUACUCGUCGUCUUGAUCUUUAGGGCAUUUUGGGUGGUGGUUUUUUUUCUUUUCUUUUUCCUUACGGUUGCCACGGACGGACACUUCUCUCUCUCCUCAUGACGGUAUGAUAUCCCCAAACAACAAAAAGCUUUCACGUGUACUGCGAGUAUCACACUUGACUAUCAUGCAUAUUUUUGCGCCUGCUUUCGACCUAGAUAAUUUAGACAGCUCGGUUGAUUAUGCGCUAUCGAUCGGGUUGGGUGUCAUGCUUGGCAUAUAUCACUAUGGCGCUAUACCCGAUAUUAGGAAGCGGGAGAUUCUCGGAGAGACUCUGCCAAACAGGCAGCAAGUAGUGUAGUAUCCGACCACCCAAUUUUUUUUUUCCUUUUCACAGCGCCUGUACACCCACACACUCAAGCAAGUUGCUGCGUGUAUGUAUGCUGCCUGCCAAUUAC